AAUUAGUCUAUAUUGACAUAGUUCUUGUCGAGCAGCGGAAUAUUGCAUUCGUUUCAACGCAAUAUCGAAGAAUUUAAUUGUUCUUAAAACUAUUACGCUUAUCUGAAGAUACUAAUUUAAAGUUACGAUGUUAAGCCAUAAAUUAUAGUGACAGGAAAUUGAGGAGCAGAUUAAUGAAAUACAUUUUGAAGAAGUUGACAUUGGGCUUAAGGAAAUCAGCCAUGUUCAAUUUAUACCAGCAUAUGAAGGCGAAUAAUGAGGGCAAAGAGCCAAAGGAACCAGAGACAACAGGCCAUGAUAGGUUCUACCAGGAGAGACCCAGGACGAGCUAUAGGAAGAAGAAACGUCGCGGAGCGUGUAGAAGAGCACAAUCCGCUGCAGAAUUGAAUCCUGAGUCUAUAGCUGCCGCCAAUAGGCGGAAUGCUUUCAAAAUACGUUCAGUUUCGACUGACAGGGAAGAAAGUGAGGAAACUGGGAAGCAGGAAGAUGCAGACGGAUCAUCGUGCGCUUGUAGCUCAAAAGAGAAUUCUGAACGCGCUCCGCUUGUGGCCCAGAAAAUAGACUCUCUGGCCAAGUUGUUGUUCAACAAGUCUCUGAUCGGGAGUGGUUCGGGGAAGUCCUCGCCAUCUGAACCACCGGCGUCGCCAAGGGUUGAGCGUUCAAUGGAAAGUUCUGCAGCUUUGGCCAUUUGCACGGAAUAUUUGACACAAUCGUCGAGGUACGACCUGAUAUCACAACUAGGCUCAAUAGGGGCUCGACCCAAUAAACACUGGUUUGCAAUUCACGACAACUCUAUCAAGACAGACAGACUUCUCACUUUGAUGCCAUUAACCAACAAAUGCCCCGUCGAGCCGAGCGAGCGCUCCCGCGGACUCAUCAUGGAGCUGUUCCGCGCGCUGCACCACCCGUAUAUCUGCCCAGUGCUGGACCUGGAGUUGUGCAGUGGACAUGCGCUGGCUGUGCUGCCUUUCAACGCUAGGGGGAGUCUGAAGGAUCUUAUUUAUAAGAGCAACUGGAACGACGAGUAUUCGAGAAAGUACGGUGCGGUCGGCGCCGGCCUGCCCGCCCCGCAAGUGGCCAGGUUCGGACGGCAGAUGCUGGAGGGGCUGAUGUUCCUCAAGGAGAAGGGGUUCCCGCCAUUCAGGCAUCUGCAUUCGGGGAACGUGGUCGUGCAGAACGGAGUGGCGAGAAUCUGCGGCUUAGAAAACACGCUCAUUGGAGCCCUGCCGCAGAGCCCCAUUGCGCUGGCGACGCUCGAACACGUGGAGACGCUGUCUUUGGGCCGGGUGCUGUACGAGAUGUGCGCAGGCGCUGAAUUGGACCUCUCGCUUUUGCAGGAUUUAGUAUCCAACUACCCGCAUGUGGCUGAGAUAAUCGAGCUUAUCUUCGGGCCGCGCACGCCUAGCCUGCACGAGCUGUUGCUGUGCGAGCUGUUUAGGAAGAUAGACCUUAGAGAGAUGAAAGGACCUUGUUUACCGAACUUCAGCCAGCGCUUGUCGCGCUCGUGCCUGUCGCUGCUGGGCGAGGUGUCGCGGCGCCAACCGGGCGCGCGCCGCUCCGGCCCCGCCACGCCCGCCACGCCGCCCGCACGCAGGAGACAUUUCCCUUUUGAGCAAGACUACACAGAGGAGUGGCAGUGGUGACUUUAUUAUAUAAAUACAAAUGCAAUAAACGUGUAUGCUUAUUUUAAUUCA